AAAACCUGGGAUCAUAAGAAACAUGACGAAGUGGUCCUGUUCUUGUGGUGGGCAAAAUAAAAUAAGAGCAAAGUGAAGUCGAAGAAGAAGGAAGAGGAGAACAUGGUUUCAGAAGGGGAAUCGGCAGCGCCAUCUAAAGCUAAAGAUGCCAAAGAAUGGGUGGAGGAUCUGCAACGCUCUUUCAUUCAAUCUAAAGACUCUGCUCUUCUCUCUGCUCGUUCACUUCAACAAAACUCUUCCACCCAUUUUCGUUCCUUGCAGGAUUCUGUUCCCCAUGCUAUAGCAAAGUACACAGCUUACGAACAAGCUUUCCUCAACAAAGUUAAAGAGGAGUUAAAGAGUGCACGGGAACACCCUGGUGCUGCUAUUGGGAUAGGUCUUUCUGCUGCUUUCCUUCUUUUGCGAGGCCCGAGAAGAUUUUUGUUUCGUCAGACGUUGGGUCGACUUCAAAGUGAGGAGGCAAAGUUUGUCAAGGCUGAGAAGCAUGUCAAUGAGUUACACCUUUCUGUUGAUUUAAUGAAGAAGGAGAGCAAAAAACUGCUUGAAAGGGCAAGUCUUGCUGAAAAGGAUAUGAAGCAUGGAGAAACAGAGCUCAUGAAUGCUGGAAGUCAAGUUCAGCAUCUUGCGAAACAAGCUUACAAAGUUGAAGCCCAAGCUGCAGAUUUGAUGGAAGGCCUGAGAGAAAUCCCUGGUAGGAAGGCAUUGAAACUUAGAGCUGAGGUUGCUUCUAUGGCUUCACUUCUGAAGAGGCAGAGGGUUGUGCUUGAUAAACGGAUAAUGAAGAUCUCUGAGUUAGGAGUUCCUGUUUGAUUACAUGUAGAAUUAUUACCAAGUAGUCAUAAUUUUGAUUAUGAAUUGUGUUAGCAACUUUAUGGUUGUUCCGUUUUGAUUGAAAUAAGAGGGAAUGCUGGAAUUCUUUUGGGGAUAUUAAUAAAUUACCAAAACUGGAGGGAGAUUAAACAAAUUUGAACUAUAUUUUCAUAAA